AACACGAAUGAGGGGGCCGUGCGAGUUUCCAUGGUAACACUUUAAACAUUAGCUUCUUUAGCGACCUUUCCGGAUCUAGCUAAAAUGUGAGAGUCUUAUGCUCGGCUUUUCUCGGUACCUGUUCGGUUAUUUCUGCUAUCGUUCGGCUGUCUUUAAAUUCUUGAUCAGCUGGAGUUAUAAAUUAGGAUAUGGCUUUCUUUGGAUUAACAUAUCUGGGCUAUCAACGGCCUGUCGCCGACAAGGUGUGUCAUCAGCCCAAAUCAAACUACAUGCUCAAGAUGUUUCAGUAUUGCAGCGUGAAGAGAACGGACUUCCACCCAUCAAUACGAAAAGAGAAUUCACGUGCGCUGAUCCCCUCGGUCAUAUGCAAAUCAUCAGAGAGGUUCACAAGUCCCCCAAAGAAGUGUAUCGUGUACCUUUGACGGACAAUCAACGGUACGGUUGGUGGGUUCCCACUGGUGGCCCCAAAAAUCAGGAACCCUGGACUCGAAUCCGACGUUUCCCACGCAGAAACAGUGAAAUGACAAAGUUUGUAAAUGAGAUGGCCAUGGCCAAUUCAGACUUUAGCCUCUUUUGAUCCCUGGUGCAGGUAGUGGUCUAGCUUUUGUUGAAACUACCUACUUUGUAUUGGCGCCUAAUUUAAUAUUGCUCCUGUAUGACAUAUCGCUUAUUUCUCCCUAAACUCUUUGUAAAUCCCUUUGGAUUAAAGUGUCUGCUAAAUGACUACAUGUAAAUGUUGACUGUUCCUUUAAUCACUUUACAAUGUACAAUGGUUUCCUGCAAAAACUGUCAGUAAUCGUUUUUGGAUAUUCUGUCAAAACUUGAAACUUUACCUGAUGCUUAAGUAAAUAUAGUUUUAGUUGCCAGCUGUUUUUUGUGUUCCAUUUGUAUCAGAAUCUGACUGUUAACUAAAUUAAAAGAAUGAUCCAAGAUCAGAUGUAAAAUAACCAUA